AUGUAUGAACCUGCUUGUGCAUGCAAAGGUAUUCGUUCAUGUAAACUUUGUGAAUCAACGAAAGAACCUUGGAUCAAUGAUACUACAUCAAAUGUAGUUUUUAUUUAUUGUGAUGCAUGUCGACAAGCAAUUCGUAUGGAUAUUUAUGAAUCAAAUUCCGAAUGUCCACAUCAUAAUGAUAUUGGUAAUACAAAUGUCGGCUUUCCAUUAGAUGGAAUUUUUCUUGUUUCGGAUUUUCUUGAUGAAAAUGAAGAAACGGAUCUAGUAAAUUAUAUUGACAACGAUGUAUGGAUUCCAUCACAAUCAGGUCGUUUAAAGCAAGAUUUCGGCAUAAAAAUUAAUUUUAAAAAGCAAACCAUUAAAACAAAAUAUUUUACUGGCAUGCCAUUAUAUGCAAAAGCAAUAAUUGAACGUUUAAAAGCACAUCGAAUUAGCGAAGAUUUUCAGUCAGUUGAAUUAUGCAAUUUAGAUUACCAUUCAGCACGUGGCUCACAUAUUGAUCCACAUAUUGACGAUGUAUGGAUAUGGGGUGAACGUUUAAUAACAAUUAAUUUACUUUCAAAUACCAUCCUUUCAUUGAUACCAAACGAAAAAGAUUCAAAUAAAAUAAUUUAUAUACCCAUACCACGUCGAUGGAUGAUUGUACUUUACGGUGAUGCUCGAUAUGAAUAUAAACAUGCUAUACAACGUCAACAUAUACAAGAUAGACGUAUAGCAGUUACAUUUCGUGAGUUAACAGGGAAAAAUGAUAAAUUCUAUGAAGAAAAUAAAGAUUUAUACGAAAGAAUUGUUCGCAUUGGAAAACGUUUUACUGGAAUAACGGUGGGAAGAUUUGAAAAAAUUGGGAAUGAUAUUAAUGCAAUGGCAAUUGAUAAAAUGGAUGUCGAUAUAUCAUCAAUCGAAGAGAAUCAAUUACAAGAAGCAUUCGAAUCGACUACUAAAAAGACAAUAUCAUCAUUUGAAAUUAUUAAUCCAUCAACUUAUUUAAUUCAUGCUGAAGAUAAAUAUUUGAUGAAAUUAUUUUCACAUUCAUCUAUUUCUCUUGAGCAAUUAAAAUCGAUUUUUUCAUUAUGCCAAUGCAAUGGAACGAUUCUCGAUGCUUCUAUUAAUCAAUCCUAUAUAGUUAUUUUUAAUUCGAAUGAAUUUUCAGCAAAUAAACAAAUGGGUCAUUUAUUAGCACGAUGGCGUCUGAAUACACGUUCUUCACUUGAAUCACCACAGAAGAAUCUGUUCGAUACUGACUGGUUCAAUCAACAAUAUGCGUCUAUUAUCAAUAAGAAAAAAAAUAGUUAUCCAUUUCUUCUAUCAAAUUUAUUUACAUGUCAACAAGAAAUCUCCACCAUCAAGGAUAAUCAAAUAGAAUGUGGCCUUUUGUGGACUAAUAAUCAGCAAUUAUUCUAUAUUAUGGAUUUAAUUUUGACAUGUUUAACAAAUAUCGAUUCGUUUAUUGAUAAUAUUAAAGAAAUAAUUCAUGCCUAUGAAGAAACUGUACCAUUGACGAAUGAUGAAAUCAAACAUUUGGAUACAUUCGUUCGUUUACAAUUAGUUUUACUAUUGAAUAGUCAGGAUAUUGAUGACGAGAAACAGAUUGAUUUACUUGAACAACUUUGUUCGAAUGUUUGUUUUGUUCGAAAUCUAGUCAGAUAA